GUUACCUGAUGUUCCGGUAGUCGACAGUCCUACGUCAAGCUAGUCACCCGGCUCUGUCACGUCUCCGCAGUUGUCUCCGUUUAUAUAAAUUGCACUCGAUUGUUUUCAGCCACGAGUGGAAAAUUUCAUUCCUAGUUGAUUAUAAUUGGGACUGGCGUGCGAGUUUAUUCAAUUAGCGCGCCCGGCGAUAAAUCGGCAAACUCGUUUGAAUGCUCCUUGCUGAUUACGAAUUGGAUAAGUGACACUCCGUCAAAAAUUACGAUAUCUAUCGAUAAUGUAACUCAUUUUACCACGUAACAGCUCAAUUUACAGUAAAUUAUUCAAUUAUUUGGAUUUGCAAUAGAAUAACGUGGAAUUAAAUGACAAUGAAGAAGUUUACAUCAAGUGGAAUGCCUAGAAGAACGGGUUUUGUUCUACUUGUCCUAAUGUUCUUUUGCUUUUUUGUAUUUUUUUUUCAUUAUUAUAAUAGAAUUACUGAGUACCAGCCACAGCCAAUUAUAUCAGAAGAUACUCUUUCAUUAAAGAUUCAGAAUAUUGUUGAUCAGCUGCGACGUGACAUCAAACAUGAAAUGGAGAAUUAUGAGUUUCCCAAUGGGAAAUUCAGUCGCAAUAUAAGCAAUCUUGAUGACUUAUUAAUGGAAAAAGGCGGUCAACCAAUGAGAAGUGUUCUUAUUGCCGACUGGAGAACCGGAAGUUCUUUUACUGGUGAUAUAGUUAACUCGCAUCCUGCAAAUUUUUAUUUAUACGAACCACUGCGGGACUUUGGUAAUGUGCACAUUCGGGAUCUCCCAUUAGUUGAUGCUGCAAUUAAAAAUAUUUAUAAAUUUUUUAAUUGUGAAUUUGAUAAAAUACAUUUCGUCGAACCCAAGCAAUGGAUUUACAAACACAAUCAAGAUUUAGGGACGCAUUGUGUUAAUCAAAGAGACUUAUGCUCAGAUCCAAUGUUUUUAACUGCAGUUUGUCGACUGUAUCCAUUUCAAUCAAUAAAAUUUGUUCGACUGUCAUUAGAGUCUGCUCAAUUGUUACUGGAGGACGAGCACUUGGGAGUCCGCAUGAUUUUAAUAGUGAGAGAUCCACGAGGAGUCAUGCAAUCGCGUAGGCGACUUGAUUGGUGUCACAAUUCUACUGAUUGCUCAGAUCCACAAGUUCUGUGUAACGAUAUGGUAUCAGAUUAUAAAGUUGCCGCCGAGCUUAAAAAAAAAUAUCCACAUACUUUCAAAGUCGUACGGUAUGAAGAUCUAUCUCUUGAUCCUCGGCAUAAAGCGAAAGAAAUAUUUGAAUUUUAUGGUCUGAACUUUCAUUCAAAUGUGGAAAAAUUUUUGGAAACACAUACUAAAAAUGAUUUAGGUAGUAGUUACAGUUCGUUCCGUGAUUCAAAAAAGGCGCCUUUUCACUGGCGGAAUGAUUUGAAUUUUUCGGAAGUUGAAGAAAUUCAACGUGUCUGUUCAACUGCAAUGAAACUAUGGGGGUACGUUCCAGCUGUCAACGAAACUCACCAAAAAAAUUUGUAUCCAAUUGUUAAAGAUUAUCAACUGUUUUAAUUCGUAGUAUGACGUUAGUUGUAAAUACCACAUGAACAGAUGUCAAAAGGGCAUUUAAUAUGAUACCAUAAUUGUUCUUAUUUUAGCAUAACACUUUACAUUUUAAUACAUUUGUAAUUUUUAUUGUAAAAUUGCCGAGGGCGUUAAAUAAAUAAAUAUUCAUAACUUUAAUUUCGAGUAAAAUCGAUUUUCAUUCAAAGUUGAGGGCUCUGAAGUAAAACAAAUUAUUCAAUAUCGCAAUAAACAAAACUGACAAUAAAAUUCUUGAUAUAUGGCGGUGAUGAGAAAAAAUCCUCAUAUGUAAAUAUAUAAUUGAUGUGUAUAUGUUUCAAUCAUUAUAAUAAGUAAAAUUAAAUUAAAUUAUUUAAUAAUAAACGAAAAAUUAAUAUGGAUAAUUAUUGUCAACAGUCUGUAGAAUAAAAU